AUGAGCCACAGUGAAGUGGCUGCCGAGAGGCUCCGCCAGUGCUUGGCAGAGCUCAUUCCGUCGUUGCUCGCGAGCCUCUCAGACAUGCGACGUUCAAAUCCGGGACAGGUUUUACUUCCCUUCGCCCACGUUCUCGACGCUCUCAAGCCACUAGCUGCCACACAAAACGCUCGGGAGGCCUUCGGCCUAGCAACAGAUCUCUCGACUGUCGAUAAAGACGGGUCGGAAGUGCGGCUACGCAACUUGUGCCUGGAGCUUAGCAACAAUGAGCUCCGCAAAGUGGUUCUGGAAGACCCAUCGGGCUUGGUUGCUGGCCAAGCUGAGGACGGCGCCGAGGGCGUCUCCCACAGCCAGCUCACAUCAUCUCUUGAUCGUCUCGAUGUUAUCCUUGUGCUCUCGCUGCAAGAUCUGGUCGACCCUACAUUGCCUCUGUCUCUGGUAGAAGAGCUCAUCGAGAGCCAACCCAUCUCGACCUGCUCACGCCUAUUUGGAUACACAGAGUCUCGCGUCAAGCCCCUCACGGUCGACUUGCAUCCGACAAGAGGAAAAGGCUUAGUAUUACUGCGAACAUGCAACGAGCUGCUUAGAAGGCUCUCCAAACCAUCCCAAGAGCACACUGUAUUCGCAGGCCGUAUCCUGAGCUUGCUAGCCAAGGUAUUUCCACUCGGCGAAAGGAGUGGUGUUAACCUGCGAGGAGAGUUCAAUGUUGAAAACAAGACGUCGAUCGAGGAGAAAGUAGAGGAUGCCAAACCAGAAGCCGAUGACGAGGCUGACAGAGAUGAAAGGGAUAAGGUUUUUAAGGUGGAUUACGAGUUCUACGAAGUGUUCUGGAAAGUCCAGCGCUUCUUUUCCAAUCCGCCAACGCUCAUGGGCGCUCAGGACUCUUCGCGGCCAUCCACAAGAAGUGCUACGCCUGCUGAAUUGGUCGAAGCAGAUCGCGGUCUCUCAGACGACGACCCUGCUCCUGAUGGGGCCAAGGGUGCUAUGGCAGAGCUACGAAUCAGCACUGCGAAGAUUCUCAAGCUCUUCAGCGCCGUCAACAAACGUGAAAAGGAACUUGCAGGUGCAGCGAGCACGGAAGAGUCCAAAUCUAAUGGGACAAAGGGGAAUGCUCCGAAUGCUCCAUCUGUUAGUGCUACGCCGCUGUCAAGCAAGGGGCCGAGAACUGGCGGUGUGGCAAACACAGGCUACAUCGUCGGCAAGUCAAUAGGAUGUAAAAGAGACGAACCGCCAAGGAAACGUGCUCGACCCGAUAUUGUCAACGGCAUCAAAAUGGAUAGUCCUGAUGCAAUUCAAGACAUGGCUGAAUCGAUUGCUGAAGAGGAAGAGGAAGAGGAACAGGCGGCGUCAGGAGCCGCAAGAGGCCAUUUCUUCCCCAAGUAUCUGACAGGACGUAAGCUGUUCGAAUACGAAAUCCGAAACACGUCGUUCCGCAAGCACAUCUUGGUUCAGUACUUUGUGCUUUUCCAAUAUCUUCUCUCCUACACCCCAGCAGCCAAGGAAAGCUGGAAGGAUUGGAAGAACAAGACGCUGCAAGCGCUAUUCACCCUCGAGGAAGCCGAUGAACGCUGGAUCAGGUCUACGUGGAGGGAGAUUCAGGCGCUGAUGCGCGACAUCCAGCCAGAUGGACGGCUAUUUCUCGAUUCGGUUCUCGAAGUGCUUAGAAGGGAGGCAAACUGGAUACGAUGGAAAACGGAAUCCUGCCCUUCAAUCGAAAAGCCGCCUCUGUCGCCUGAGCAACUGGCGCAAUUUGCAUCGGCAAGGGCAUUGCUACUGCGCAAAGCCGAGCCCUAUCCACACAAACUCGGGACCGCGGCGUUGUCCGAACUGUGGGAAGACGGUCUGCGUCCACCCGUCGCAGGUACACGGCGUGCAGAAAAUGAGAUGGGCGAAUAUGUGACUGUGGCAACCGAUGGGCUUGAAGAGCUCGAGUUUGCACCAGCAGCGCCCAGCCUAGAGCACUACAACAAGUCGAUCCAACGCGAAAAGAUGAAGCUCGAUCUGCGCAAGAAGCAGCUCGGCAUUGAUCCAGCGGUCAGCGAGACCAAUCUGAGCAAAGAGGAUCAGAGUAAACUGGACAAGGACGACCGAGUACAAGCAACGAUCGAGACUAUGCAGAGUCUGGCGUGGAGGGCGUUACGUGUAGCAAGUCGUGACAACUUGCAUCUGUUUGGCAAGCCAGAUCGACCGGAAAACAUCGAGAGACUACUCCAAGCGAUGGAAGAGGAGCGCAACCCGAAGCCAAACGCGGUUACACCUUCUGCGCAGCCGACUUCAGAUGAAAGUGAUACAAGAAGUGGGCAGGAAGCUAAUGGGGACACGAGUAAGGGCAAGGAAGCGGAAGCGGAAGCGAAAACGGAUGCAGGUAUACCAGCGACUGUUGCGGAGCCUGUGAAGGAGGAAGGCUUGGAGAUGGAGAUGGAGCCUGCUCAACAAGACACUGCAAAUGCGCAAACCGACCAAGCGAAGAGCAAAGACGAGGGAGAAGCAGCAACCGACCUGUCGAGCGUUCCGGUCUCGAUUACUGCAGUACCGACAACACUGCCGGUCUUGCAGACGGUAACAGAAGAGAUAACGGUUGUCACAGACAGGGAGAGGGACUUAGUAGAAGUCAUGGUAAAGACAGAGGAAGAGGAGACACCCGAAAAGCAAGCCAAUCUCACUUCCGGACGGGAGGCGCCUGCGGAUCAGGAACAGGACGUCGACAUGUCAGAAGCUGUUUAA